AUGGCGUGUCCAUAUUCUCGUCUUCCCGUGGAGAAUUCACGAACAAGGCGCUUGCUUCGACACGGCAGAACACUCAAAACGCGCGAUGAAUGCUCGGGAGAAAGCCACACAAAGGCGUCUUUGGACAACACGAGGCCCCUGCAACUCGCGUCUCCGGUCCCAAGGUACCAGGUUGAUUUGAGGCAAUUGGACGUUAAGGCACCUGACAAUAUUCGAAACUCCACCAACACAAACAGACAAGAGGGAAAGAUGUCAAACCCAGUUCAAAAUCAGCUAGGGCGAGACUGUGCCAUGGCACAUUGCGUUCACGCCAUACAAAAUGCGAUUAGUGUCGUUGAAUGGAAUCAUCAAACUGCGAGCACUUUCGGCUCAAUCAUUGUGCCAAAACCUCGACUAGGCUCUGAGAAAUGCGAAUUUGAGCUUGCCAAUGGCCUGGCUGCCAUGGAAUAUGCUAUUAAUCAAGCCGCGAAGCAAUUAGCAGAGGAGAGCACCGCGGAGGUGGCUGGACAGGAAACGUCUCUUGAACUCCAACUACGUGCUCGUCUGUUUGACUUUGUGCGUAGCCAUGUGGUCUACUCCAGCUUUACUUCCUGGGGUAGUGCACGGAUACAAAGCCUCAAUAACGCUUUUCUACGGUACCUUCGCUCGUCACCAGACUUCCAAAAUUGUCGAGAAUUUAGGAAGACUGAACUCAAGCUAGCCCUUCUGUUUGACUGCGCCCUGCAAUUUCGCGCUCGAUUGGUUUAUUCCGGCGGGGUUUGA